UUUAGAAGAUACGGAGUACAAGUAGAUAGAUAAAGGCCGUUAUUCCGGUUUCCCAGCAACCAAAGUUCGCAAAUGGCGACUGACAUCGGAGAAACCCCUUCGUCACCGUCGCAACCGCCGUCACACUCAAUCGGGCAAUCUCGCCACUUCUACCUCGCCGUCGAUCGCCUCCCUUUCAAAAUGGAGACAUUGGUUGAUUUGCUUGGAGUAGUAGGAAGAAGAUCUGGGCUUCCUAUUGUUGUGUGUUGUAGUUCUCGUGACGAGCUUGAUGCUGUUUGUUCAACUGUCUCAUCCCUUCCUUACAUUUCUCUCUCCUCACUGUAUAGUGAUCUUGCUGAAUCAGAUCGUGCACAAAUACUUGAGAAUUUCCGUCAUGCAGUCGUCAAGUGGAACCAAAGUGCUGUUGGGGGUGAAGAUGAGGAAGAAGGGCUCAAGUCUCAUAUGGUAGUUGUGACUGAUGCUUGUCUUCCUAUUGUUUCUAGUGAAUAUCCUCUUCCUGCUCGUAUUCUCAUAAAUUAUGAGUUGCCAGCAAAAAAGGAAAUAUAUAUGAGGCGGAUGACAGCUUGUUUAGCUUCAGAUGGGAUUGUGAUUAACAUGGUUGUCGGGGGUGAAGUAGUGACUCUUAAGAGCAUUGAAGAAGCCAGUAAUCUUAUCAUUGCUGAGAUGCCCAUACAGGUGGAUUUUGUGAUCCCUAGCAGAAAGCAAGGAGCAGAUCAAAUUUGCAUGUAUAGGGGCAAAAUAGCUGUUGUUUCAGCUGUAACUGUGCAUAUACUUGAAUGUCUGAUUUGACUAAGCUCUUUCGUGAUGCUAUUAUAAUUGUUCAGCCAAACAGGUCAGCAGCUAAUUUAAUAAGUUUUUGAGUAAACAUGCUAGAUAUAUCUCCCUAAUCCAACGUGUAGCACACACUCAUUUGAGGAGAGAGAGAAAGAAAGAGACACAGAAGAAAAUAGAAAGGAGAGGGGGAGAGAGGGGGGGGGGUGGGGGAAGAGCUUUAGGAUAAAGUAUUUAGUAUGUGUUACGGAGUAGUAUAGUUGCAUUAUCUAGAAACACGUUUAGAAGAGUAGAAUAUGCAAUAUGGCGGCUGGUCAGACUCAUGUCUAGUUUCCUGUAAUCUAGCAGGAUUCAGGAACCUUCAGAAAAAGAACUGCUCCAGAUAAUUGUUGAGAAUCCACAAUUAAAUAAGUAUCAGAUCGAUGUCAUGGGUGACGAUAUUUUCUGAAUAUUUAUGUUUUGUUGGCUAUCCACGAUUGAUGUUUUGUUCAUCACUUUAGCAUGCAUGCUGACAGUAUCCUAGACUCCUAGUAUAUUUGCUAUUUUUGGAUGCCAUUUGAUAAGAUUUCUAUGUCUUUUUUUGUGCACAUUAAGAAAUAAUUUUUUUUUUACCAAAGUGAAAAAAAAUAAUUUUUUUUUUCUCCGAUGUACUGAAGUCUGAAAGUGAAAGGAUUUUUUACAGUAGCUUAUAAGUUUCC